UAAAACAGAAUUCUAUGAAUGAACUAGUGUUCAAUAAAACGUAUAGAUUCGGGGUUUUUUUGGGAAAUUUUAAGAGGACAGUAUUUAAAUCGCGGUUUCGCAAUUCGAUAUUGAUGGAUUUAUGUAUUACUUCACUCAUAAAGAACAUGAAACUGGACAUUUGGACUGUAUACAUAUUUGUAGGUAAAAGUUACCUAACUUUAUAUUAUACUUUAUAGUCGAAUUUAAAUCGGUUGGACAAUGGCUAAGCUUCUUGGAAUUCAAAGACGACUCCCAUAUUUUGGUCUUCGACCCAAUGAUCAUCACAGCAGCACAAAACUUGUUCCCUGCAGAUUUGUUAUGCAUAUUAGGUAUUUCACAUCAACCUCCAAACUAUACCAAGCCCGGUAUAAUCCACUUGACAUUCAAAUGCUCUCAAAGUCCCUUCACAAUCAAAUUUUUGGGCAUGUUACAAGUGAAGUUGAGAAUGUUGAAAUUAAUAAAAGUAUUGACCACCUAUCGAGGCAUAAUCUUCAUGGUAGACACAAAAGCCUGAUACCUGAUGUAGACUUCAAGUUGCCACAACUUCGGGGCCAAAAUAUCGAAGAACAUUUUGAGAUUAUUGAAAAACAGACUAGAAAUUAUGUAGAAAUGGCCAAACGACUUUCCCAAGUUAGUUUACCAUCAAGACCAAAAGUGUGUUUUGAGCCUGGGUGGACAAAAUAUUUUCAUGAUGGUGAUUUUAUAGUUGGUAUGCCUGUGGAGUGUCCUGAUGGUGAUGCAAUGGUUUUUGAUGUUGGUUGUGUCAAUGAAGGACAGUUUCCAACCCUGGCAGUUAUGGCAACACCGAAAUGUUGGUACUCCUGGGUGAGUCAUCGGCUUGUUGAAGAGAGGAGCUAUCAGUGGUUUCUCCACCCCAAGAUGCCAGACUUGAUUCCAUUUGAAUUAGAACAACAUCAAGGCAACAUUUGGCAGGAGAAGCUUGUAAUAGGCCAUUCUGUGGGCUAUGAUCGCAGUUUCAUUAAGGAACAAUAUUUGAUCAAGGGACCGAAGAUGUAUUUCAUUGACACACUAAGUUUGCACAUGUGUAUAUCAGGCCUUACGGGUUUGCAACGUAACAUGACUAAGGCAGCCACUGUGGGCAAGUCUGAGAAGGAGGAUUGGAUGGACAUUAGCUGCUUGAAUAAUUUACAAGAUGUUUAUCAGUUGUAUUGUGGCGGUAAAGAGUUGGAUAAAGAGAAGAGAGAUGUUUUUGUUCAUGGGACUUUGGAUGAUGUAAAAGAACAAUUUCAGGAACUCAUGACGUACUGCUCUAAUGAUGUCUUAUGUACACAUGAAGUAUUUUGCCAAAUAUGGCCGUUGUUUUUGGAAAGAUUCCCUCAUCCGGUGACAUUGGCAGGCAUGCUUGAAAUGGGUUUAGCAUAUCUACCUGUCAAUCAAAGUUGGGAGAAGUACAUUGCGGACUGUGAAGAUACGUAUGACGAUUUAGAGAGGGAAAUGAAGAGCUCGUUGAUGAGACUAGCAGAUAAUGCAUGUCACCUUCUUCAUGAUGAUCAGUAUAAGAACGAUCUUUGGCUUUGGGAUCUGGACUGGUCGGUUCAGGAUGUUAGAAUAAAAAAACCAAAACCUCCCAAAAAGGGAAGAAGGAAAAAGCCGCAGGAAGACGCGGAAGUUGAAGUGGAAAAUAAGAAUAAAGUUGAGAAUGAUAAUGAAGAAGAUACGAUAGAAGAUAUCAUCGCUCGAAUUCCACCAGUGGAAGAUGUUUUAUACAAGAAACGACAGCAUCUGCCUGGAUAUCCACUAUGGUACCGCAAGCUGUGUCCAAGAAUGAACUCUGAAGAUUGGACUAGAGGUUCCGUGCUGGUUAGUGCGCAGUGUCGGGUUGGUCCUAGCUUAUUGCGCAUGACGUGGGAUAGAUAUCCGCUGUACUAUCACGCUCGACACGGCUGGGGUUAUCUCGUACCUGGUAGAGAGACAAAUCUUUUGGAAAAUGAAUGUGAAAAUUUUCCAAAAAGAGCGUUUCAGGAACUCUGGCAACGUCUUAAAAAUCAUUCCGAUGAUAAAAAAAAACUUGCUUCAGUGGAAGGUGAAGAGGAUGUUCAGCAACUCAGCGAAGGACAGUUGUGGAGCAGUGUGGAAGAAAACGAAUUGAAGAAUAAAGUGCCUGUUAAAAGUUCGCCUCCCAGAAGUAAGAUGAGAGUAUCUCGAAAGCAAGACGCUCCUGAUUUUCAUCACGGCGUGGGACCAUUCAACGAUGUUAACUUACCAGGCGUGUGGUUCUUUCGCAUUCCUCAUAAGGACGGUGAAAAGUUUAAAUGUGGCAAUCCUCUUGCCAAAGACUACAUCAGUAAAAUGGAGGAUGGUACGUUGAAGUCGGAAGGUGACGAGAGCGCCGAAAGAACGCUGCUGCUAAAUAAAAUGAUAUCAUUCUGGAGAAAUGCCAAAGACAGGGUUAUGUCACAAUUGUAUGUAUGGCUCGACCAAGAACAUCUUCCAAAUGAUGUCAUUAGAUCAUCUUUUUACCAAUCAGAUGAACAGUAUGGUGCCAUUUUACCAAGGCUUAUUACUGCUGGUACUGUUACACGAAGAGCUGUCGAACCAACAUGGAUGACUGCCAGUAAUCCAAGAGUAGACCGUGUUGGUUCAGAGCUGAAGGCACUAAUCCGGGCCCCACCAGGCUACUGCUUUGUUGGUGCUGAUGUUGACAGUCAGGAGCUGUGGAUUGCAGCCUUACUUGGUGAUGCUAAUUUUGCUAAAACACAUGGCAGUACAGCAUUUGGUUGGAUGACUUUGCAGGGAAAAAAGUCUGAUGGAACUGAUCUUCACAGUAAAACUGCUGAGACAAUUGGAAUAAGCAGGGAACAUGCAAAGGUUUUUAACUAUGGACGUAUUUAUGGCGCUGGAGUAAACUUCGCGGAAAAAUUACUACUACAAUUUAAUCAUCGGCUCACAGAAAGUGAGGCCAGAGGCAAAGCUGAAAAACUUUAUGCAUCUACAAAAGGAAUCCAGAGGCACUAUCUCUCAGAGUAUGGUUAUGAAGUUGCCAGGAAGUACAAGUACGAUGCUUAUAUUACAGAGGAGGGAUUCUUAGACAGCAAAAUCUAUUAUCAGUUAUUAAAGGCUUCAAGAAGGACAAGAGACCAAGAUAAAAAGAUAAGCCUUUUCAAAGAGUGGCAAGAAGGGAGUGAGUCUCAAAUGUUUAACAAAUUGGAAAGCAUUGCACAAUCGGAGGAGCCAGAAACUCCAGUUCUUGGUUGUAAGAUUAGCAGAGCUUUGGAGCCUUCUAUUGUUGGGAGUAAAUUUAUAACAAGUCGUAUAAACUGGGUAGUUCAGUCAUCUGCAGUGGACUAUCUUCAUCUCAUGUUGGUCUGCAUGAAAUGGCUGUUUACCGAAUGUGAAAUAGAUGGGAGGUUUUGUAUUAGCAUACAUGAUGAGGUUCGUUAUUUGGUGAACAGCAAGGAUCGUUACAGAGCAGCGUUGGCUUUGCAAAUUACAAAUCUAUUAACGAGAUCAAUGUUUGCAUACAAACUUAACAUCGACGAUCUACCACAGUCUGUGGCGUUCUUCAGUGCAGUUGAUAUUGAUUCAGUGAUCAGAAAAGAAGUCACUAUGGACUGCAAAACUCCGUCAAAUCCAAGGGGUUUUACUAAAAUCCAUGGAAUACCUCAAGGCGAAGCUCUUGAUAUUUACGAGAUUCUGCAGAAAACAGACAAUGGAUGUUUAGAGAAGAAAGAUGACGAUGUCUGUAUCAAUGAGGACCAUAGUGUCAAUUGAUGAUCUCCAGAUAUUCAGAAGACGUACCACAUGCACUCAUCUGGUGAUUUUCUAAUGUUGCGAAACCCCCUGUGUAGUGACCGCUCAGUGCUCAGUGAGUCGCGACAGG